UGCCACUUGGGAAGCCACAACCUCUCUGCCCACUCUCCCCUCCGUCAGGAUGACGUGCUUGGUGCUCUUCGCCUUGCUUGUGCUGGGGAUAGAGGCUGAAAACUUGCAUCCUUCCUCUGGCUGCGUGGUCAACCAGAUAUUGUGCCCUCAAUAUCCCAAUGGUAGUCUUUCUUCAGGAGGAGAAGCACCGUGCCUAUACCCGUAUAAGAGGGCGGGCGAUGUGUGCCUGUACCUGAGCAAGUCCAGGAGGACGUGGAGCGGCGCACGACGGCACUGUCAGGGGCUUGGUGGCGACCUGGCCACCAGCAGGAGGAUCUACCUUCUGCAGACCUUCAUCACUGAGGGUGGAGCAGCCACAACAGAAGUCUGGGUCGGUGGGAAGGAAUCACCUGAUGGCAAAACCUGGCAGUGGAUCGACAACGGUGAGGAGAUCGACCCCCAGGUGUGGCACCCGACCCUUCCCGGGGCUCGCGCAGGAGACAACGACUGCGCCUACUUGAGUGAUGUAUCUCACCCGCCUCUCGCCAAUUACCCUUGUGGAAGAGCUUACAAUUUCUUGUGUCAGCAGCAUUAGUUAUCCAGAUACGUUGCUACGCCAAUGUCCUUGACCUGGUCUUGAAAAUACAGUAUUCCAAUUAUUAAUUAUUCCAUUUAUUACUAUAUUUUGCCAUUUUUUGUGUACUUUGUUCCCAUGUGAAUAUAAAUAAUAAAGCAUUAACACAUA